AUGGAAUCGUUUCAGCCCCAGGAUGUGAUCUCCCCGGUCAAGGGACAAGCGUCAGCACAAGAUCGUCAAGACUCACCAACGCCAAUGGCCAAGAUCAUUGAAAAUGCAAAGGCGGCUACGGAAAAGGAGCAGAAGAUGACUCUGCUGCAGGGCAUCAAGCUCUACCCGAAAGCUGUGAUAUGGAGUGUCGUUAUUUCCACAUGUAUCGCCAUGGAAGGUUACGAUAUAUCUCUUGUCAACAACUUUUACGCUUUCGACCAGUUCAACCGCAAGUACGGCGAGAUCUCUACGGAUGGCAGCUAUCAGGUCCCUGCGAGGUGGCAAGCGGGGUUGAGUAAUGGUGCAUACGUCGGCGAAAUCAUCGGUCUCCUCAUCAACGGUUGGGCUUCUGAAAAAUUCGGAUAUCGGUAUACGGUCAUGACAUGUCUAAUCCUCAUAACCGCUUGGACUGCGAUCUUCUUCACGGCUCCCAAUGUACAAGCACUUCUAGCCGCCGAAAUCUUGGCGGGUAUACCUUGGGGAGUAUUCCAGACGCUUUGCGUUACUUAUGCGUCGGAAGUGUGCCCGGUUGCUCUGCGCGGUUACCUUACCACCUACGUCAAUUUCUGCUGGGGUCUCGGACAGUUGAUUGGAGUCGGAGUCAUCCGGGCCAUGAUUGAUCGCCAUGACGAAUGGGCUUAUCGUAUUCCUUACGGUCUCCAAUGGAUGUGGCCGCUGCCACUUUUCAUUGGUAUCUUCCUCGCCCCAGAGUCACCUUGGUGGCUAGUGCGGAAGGGCCGGAGUCAAGAUGCCAAGAAGGCGUUGCUGCGGCUGACGAGUUCAAACGACGAGACCGGCUUCGAUGCGGACGAGACCAUCUCCAUGAUGGUUCACACCACGGCCUUGGAACAGAAGAUCACGUCAGGUGCUAGCUAUUUGGACUGCUUCAAGGGAGUGGAUCUUCGUCGCACGGAGAUUGUCUGUAUGGUGUGGGCUAUUCAAAACCUCAGUGGAAACUCCUUCUCCAACUAUUCCACCUACUUCCUGCAGCAAGCUGGACUUCCGUCCUCGACAGCCUAUUCCUUCGCCAUGGGGCAGUAUGGUAUCAACAUGGUCGGUGUCUUUGGUGCAUGGUUCCUCAUGUCCUGGGGUAUCGGGCGUCGCAAGCUCUAUCUUUACGGUCUUUGCGGUCUCUGCGUCAUGUUGCUUGUCAUGGGCUUCCUUGGUUUGGUUCCCGAGGACCAUCGGACCCAGUCCUCCCUUGCAACUGGCUCAAUGAUGAUUGUCUGGGCUCUGUUCUAUCAGUUGACGGUUGGAACGGUGGCAUACUCUCUGGUUGCGGAGAUCUCCACACGUCGCCUGCAGAUCAAGACCGUCGUUCUUGGUCGUAUCUUGUAUAACAUCGUUGCGAUCAUUUGUGGUGUUUUGACCCCAUACAUGUUGAACCCAGGCGAAUGGGACUGGGGUAACUUUGCCGGUCUAUUCUGGGGAGGAAUUUGCUUCCUCUGUAUCAUCUACACCUACUUCCGUGUCCCAGAACCAAGAGGCCGUACAUUUGCCGAGCUAGAUGUUCUCUUCGAACGUGGUGUCAGUGCACGCAACUUCGAUAGCACGCAGGUCGACGUCUUUGACGAGACGGUUGAGGGCCAAGUAGUCGAAAACUACCAAAGCCAGAGGCUGCGCCCCAAUGAUCCGGAAAAGCAACCCGUGUUCUGA